UGAUCCGAACGAAGGUACGAACGCGAAGCUGAUAUACUCCAUCGAGAAGAACGUGAUCGAGGAGGAAACGGGCUCGCCGAUCUUCGAGAUCGAGGCGGACACGGGCGUCAUCAAGACGGCGGUGUGCUGCCUGGACCGCGAGCGCACCCCGGACUACUCGAUCCAGGUGGUGGCGAUGGACGGCGGGGGCCUCAAAGGGACCGGGACGGCCUCUAUACGCGUCAAGGAUAUAAACGAUAUGCCGCCGCAGUUCACCAAGGACGAGUGGCUGACGGAGGUGGACGAAACGGACGGCACCAACCUGCCGGAGAUGCCGAUCCUGACGGUGACGGUGCACGACGAGGACGAGACGAACAAGUUCCAGUACAAGGUGAUCGACAACAGUGGCUACGGGGCGGACAAGUUCACGAUGGUGCGCAACAACGACGGCACCGGCAGCCUGAAGAUCGUGCAGCCGCUCGACUACGAGGACCCGCUGCAGAGCAACGGCUUCCGGUUCCGGAUACAGGUGAACGAUAAGGGCGAGGACAACGACAACGACAAGUACCACGUGGCGUACUCGUGGGUCGUGGUGAAGCUGCGCGACAUCAACGACAACAAGCCGCAGUUUGAGCGACCGAACAUCGAGGUAUCGGUGUACGAGAACGCGGACGUUGGCAAGACGCUCGAAACGUUCAAGGCGACCGACCCGGACCAGGGCGGCAAGAGCAAGGUUUCGUACGCGAUCGAUCGUUCGUCCGACCGGCAGCGCCAGUUCUCGAUCAACCAGGAGGGCACGGUAACGAUCCAGCGUAAUCUGGACCGCGAAGUGACACCCCGGCACCAGGUGAAGAUCCUGGCGAUCGACGAUGGCAUCCCACCGAGGACGGCCACCGCCACGCUGACGGUGAUCGUGCAGGACAUCAACGAUAACCCGCCCAAGUUCCUGAAAGACUACCGGCCGGUGCUGCCGGAGCACGUGCCACCGCGCAAGGUGGUUGAGAUCCUGGCGACGGAUGACGACGAUCGGUCCAAGAGCAACGGUCCCCCGUUCCAGUUCCGGCUCGAUCCGGGCGCGGACGACAUCAUCCGGGCGUCGUUCAAGGUGGAGCAGGAUCAGAAGGGUGCGAACGGGGACGGGAUGGCGAUCGUGUCGUCGCUUCGAUCGUUCGAUCGCGAGCAACAGAAGGAGUACCUGAUCCCGAUCGUCAUCAAGGACCACGGUAACCCGGCGAUGACGGGCACGUCCACGCUGACCGUGGUGAUCGGGGACGUGAACGACAAUAAGAUGCAGCCCGGCUCGAAGGACAUCUUCGUGUACAACUACCUCGGCCAGGCGCCCGACACGCAGAUCGGCCGGGUUUACGUGUACGACCUGGACGACUGGGACCUGCCGGACAAGAAGUUCCACUGGGAGGCACAGGAGCACCCGCGCUUCAAGCUGGACGAGGACACGGGCAUGAUCACGAUGCGCCAGGGUACGCGGGACGGCCGGUACCAUUUGCGGUUCAAGGUGUACGACCGGAAGCACACCCAGGCGGACGUGCCGGCGAACGUGACGGUGACGGUGCGCGAGAUCCCGCACGAAGCCGUCGUCAACUCGGGCUCGAUCCGGAUAGCGGGCAUCACGGAUGAGGACUUUAUCCGCGUGUGGAACUACCGCACGCAGAGUCUGUCGCGCAGCAAGUCGGACCGGUUCAAGGAUAAGCUGGCGGACCUGCUCAACAUCGACCGCGAGAACGUGGACGUGUUCAGUGUGCAGCUCCGCCGCAAGCACCCACCGCUGACGGACGUUCGCUUCUCGGCCCACGGUUCCCCCUACUACAAGCCGGUCCGGCUGAACGGGAUCGUGCUGAUGAAUCGGGAGGACAUCGAGAAGGAGGUCGGGAUCAACAUCACGAUGGUCGGCAUCGACGAGUGUCUGUACGAGAACCAGAUGUGCGAGGGUUCGUGCACCAACACGCUGGACAUCAACUCGCUGCCGUACAUGGUGAACGCCAACAAGACGUCGCUGGUCGGGGUCCGCGUGGACGUGCUGGCCGAGUGCACUUGCGGUGCGCGCAACUUCAGCAAAGCCGAAUCGUGUCGCUCGUCUCCGUGUCACAAUGGGGGCCGCUGUAUGGAGACCCGGUACGGGUUGUCGUGCUCCUGUCCAACCGGCUACACGGGACCACGGUGCCAGCAGACGACCCGUAGCUUCCGUGGUAACGGGUGGGCCUGGUAUCCGCCGCUCGAUAUGUGCGAUGAUUCGCAUCUUAGCUUCGAGUUCAUCACGCGCAAGUCCGACGGGUUGCUCCUGUACAAUGGUCCGAUAGUGCCACCCGAACGGGACGAGCUGCUCGUGUCGGACUUUGUGUCCGUCGAGCUGGAGCGGGGUUUCCCGCGGCUCCUGAUCGAUUUCGGGUCCGGCACGCUCGAGCUGCGCGUCAAGACGAAGAAGAGCCUGGACGAUGGCGAGUGGCACCGGCUGGAUGUGUUCUGGGACACGGAGAACGUGCGGCUCGUGGUGGAUAACUGCCGAUCGGCCGAAGUAUCUGAGAUGGAGGACGGAUCACCGCCCGAGUUUGACGAUUCGUCGUGUCAGGCCCGUGGCAUCAUCCCGCCGUUCAACGAGUAUCUGAACGUGAACGCACCGCUCCAGAUCGGUGGGUUCUACCGUGAGCAGUUCGAUCCGACGCACUACCGCUGGAACUACAUGCCGUCCGGGAAGGGCUUCGACGGGUGCAUCAAGAACCUGGUGCACAACAGCAAGCUCUACGAUCUGGCCCAUCCGGGACUGUCCCGCAACAGUGUGGCCGGCUGCCCGCAAACGGAGGAGGUAUGCAGCCAGAGCGAGCAGACGGCUCGCUGCUGGGAACACGGCAACUGUGUCGGUAGCUUCACCGAGGCCCGCUGUCAGUGCCGUCCGGGUUGGACGGGGCCAGCCUGUAACAUUCCGACCAUCCCGACCACCUUCAAGCAGCAGAGCUACGUCAAGUAUGCGCUCAGCUUCGAACCGGACCGGUUCAGCACGCAGAUCCAGCUUCGGUUCCGGACACGCGAACAACACGGCGAGCUGUUCCGGGUGAGCGAUCAGCACAACCGAGAGUACGGCAUUCUGGAGAUCAAGGACGCGCGGUUACGCUUCCGGUACAACCUGAACUCACUGCGCACGGAGGAGAAGGACAUCUGGCUGAACGCGAUCGCCGUGGACGAUGGUCAGUGGCACGUGGUGCGCGUGAACCGGCACGGAUCGGCAGCCACCCUCGAGCUGGACGGUGGCGAAGGACGUCGCUACAACGAAACGUUCCUGUUCGAGGGCCACCAGUGGCUGCUGGUGGACAAGCAGGAGGGCGUCUAUGCCGGUGGCAAGGCCGAGUACACGGGCGUGCGGACGUUCGAGGUUUACGCCGACUACCAGAAGAGCUGUCUGGAUGACAUUCGGCUCGAAGGAAAGCACCUCCCGCUACCGCCGGCCAUGAACGGAACGCAGUGGGGCCAGGCAACGAUGGCACGGAACCUGGAGCGGAACUGCCCCUCGAACAAACCGUGCGCCAACGUCAUCUGCCCGGAUCCGUUCGAAUGCGUCGACCUGUGGAACGAGUACGAGUGCACCUGUGGCGAAGGACGUGUCAUGUCGCCGGACGGUAAGGGCUGCAUGGAUCGGAACGAGUGUCUCGACCUGCCCUGCCUGAACGGUGGGGUUUGCGUGAACCAGGACCCGCGGCUCCGGUACCGCUGCGACUGCCCGGACGGCUUCUGGGGCGAGAACUGCGAGCUGAUCCAGGAGGGCCAAACGCUGAAGCUGAGCAUGGGCGCCCUGGCCGCCAUUCUCGUGUGUCUGCUAAUCAUAUUGAUCCUGGUGCUGGUGUUUGUGGUCUACAACCGGAGGCGAGAGUCGCACAUCAAGUACCCGGGCCCGGAUGACGAUGUCCGGGAGAACAUCAUCAACUACGACGAUGAGGGCGGCGGCGAGGACGAUAUGACGGCGUACGACAUCACGCCGCUCCAGAUCCCGAUCGGGCCGAUGCCGGAGCUGACGCAGUGCAAGAUGCCGCCGUUGAUGUAUCCAGUCAUGACGAUGGGACCGGGCCACGAGCCUAACGUGGGCAUGUUCAUCGACGAGCACAAGAAGCGCGCCGACAGCGACCCCAACGCACCCCCGUUCGACGAUCUGCGAAACUACGCGUACGAAGGCGGCGGCAGCACGGCCGGAUCGCUCAGCUCGCUGCAGUCAGGUACUGACGACGAGGUGCAGGAGUUCGACUACCUGGACGCCUGGGGACCCCGGUUCGACAAGCUGGCCAACAUGUACGGCGAUCAUCAUCCGACUGAGCUUGAUGAUUUAAAUUAA